AGUGCGGUGGAAGCCAUUGAGCGUUCAUUUACCUUUCUGGACACUGUGUAUGAGUUGUCCUGGUGUCCAGUGCUGUGCAGAGCGAGGAGAGACGGGGGACGGAGCCACUUCUCACCACAGGAGAAGCGGGCACAAGGAGAUGUGCCACGGGGAAAGAGGAGUCUUUCCUCCCACAGGGCUGUGAGAAGAGCUAAUGCCAAAGCUGAGAGUGGAAUAGGGGGGACAGAGCUUGUGGUCCAUCAACUUUUCCAAACUGGUUUUAAUGUAUAGUAAGUUUGUCCACGUGCAAAGCACGUAUGCGACACGUGCGAGGUGACCUUCUGGCUCGGUCAGGAAGAUGAGCUGCAGCAUGGACUGUUAUUUUCUUAUUUACGUUUAUUGCAGUAAAACAUGAUGAGGAAACACCGUGUUGUUGUGAAGCAAGAAGUAUGGGACAGCUAAAUGUAAGGAGGAGCCUGCUUUAUUUUCUGCUUUUCUUUAUCAUGAUUUACAUGGUAGAAACGUGAGAAGCCAACCCUGCUCUGUUAGACACCAGAUGUGGUGAAGAUGCCUCAGAGAUGGGGCAGAAGCAAAUUUUUGCCUGUGGGCUCUCUUAAGUCAUUAAAGGCAAAGGCUCUAUAACCUGUAGUUAUUAGGUGGCAGCAAGGAAGGCAGCAACUCCACCAUGGGGUUUGACAAAAGCUGGAUCUCAAGGAACGAAAGCGUGCAUGCCCCAUACCAGGCUGUCACUAGAGCUUUGGAAAUGAGGAACGCUUCAGCUGGGCAAAUGGUGUGGCAGGGUGGGAACAACAGCGAGGCUGCCUCCACGGAGAGCGAGGAGCACGGUGAAGUGCAGACUUACAGGCACUUCACAACCACGGUGCAGAUUGUCAUCUUCAUAGGCUCUUUGCUGGGUAACAUCAUGGUGCUGUGGUCAACUUGCAGAACAUCAGUACUUAAAUCAGUAACAAACCGAUUCAUUAAGAAUUUGGCCUGCUCGGGAAUCUGUGCCAGCCUAGUCUGCGUGCCUUUUGACAUUGCUCUUAGUGCCAGUCCACACUGCUGCUGGUGGAUAUAUACAAUGCUCUUCUGCAGAAUUGUCAAAUUCCUGCACAAAGUCUUUUGCUCUGUGACCAUCCUUAGUUUUCCAGCCAUUGCUCUUGACAGGUACUACUCUGUUUUAUACCCCCUGGAAAGAAAAAUAUCUGAUGCAAAAUCCCGAGACCUGGUUAUCUAUAUCUGGGCCCAUGCAAUAGUGGCUAGCAUUCCAGUAUUUGCUGUGACCAAUGUGUAUGAUAUUUAUGCCAUGGCCACCUGUUCUGAGUCUUGGAGUUACUCCCUUGGCCACCUGAUCUACGUCAUCAUCUAUAACAUCACCACUGUGAUUGUACCAGUGGCUGUGGUAUUUCUCUUUAUGAUUCUUAUUCGCAGGGCACUGAGUGCCAGCCAGAAGAAAAAAGUCAUCAUAGCUGCCUUAAGGACCCCUCAGAAUACAAUUUCUAUCCCCUAUGCCUCCCAGCGAGAAGCUGAGCUCCAUGCCAUGCUGCUUUCCAUGGUGAUGAUCUUUAUUUUCUGCAGUGUCCCCUACGUGACUUUGGUGAUUUACCGCACCAUACUCAAUAUUUCAGAUAUUUCAGUUUCCUUGCUCCUCACUGCCAUUUGGUUGCCAAAGGUCUCUUUGCUGGCCAAUCCUCUGUUAUUUUUAACUGUUAACAAAUCAGUACGGAAGUGCUUAGUGGGGGCAAUAGUACAGCUGCACCGAAGGUAUAGCAGAAGAAACAUUGUCAGCUCAGGUAGUGUUGCAGACACUAAUCUGGAGCCCACUGUCCGAUCAGGGAGCCAGCUCCUGGAGAUGUUUCAUAUUGGGCAGCAACAAAUUUUCAAGCCAACAGAAGAUGAGGAGAAUGAGACCAAAUCCAUUGGCUCUGGUGACUUUCAACAGAAAGAAAUUCCUACUUCCAGUGCAGAGGCAGGAGACGCUUUGGUUCACAAAUUUAUACCACAGACAAUUGCAGACUCUGCAGCUCAGGUGGCACCAGCUGUGCCCACAGAAGCUGAUAUGAUAAAUGACAAGUAUUCCAUGCAGUUUGGUUUUGGACCCUUUGAGCUGCCUCCACAAUGGCUCUCAGAAAACCGAAACAAUAAGAAGCGACUCCUGCCUCCUUUGGGGAAUACCCCCGAAGAGUUAAUCCAGACAAAGCAGCCUAAGUGUAAAGCUGAAAGAAAAAUCAGCAGAAACAAUAAAGUCAGCAUCUUUCCCAAAGUGGAUUCUUAGUAAGAACAGGAGCUUUCAGUGAGACGGAGGAAGGUCAUCUUGUAUUAUAUGUGUGAUCCCAUGGAUCUUUGUUACGCUGAAAUGUCUUACAGGCUGGUUUUUUUUGGUGCCAAAUAUAAUUUAAACAA